GUGUGGUCCCAUGAAUGCGCUGGGCGAGCUUGGGAUGUGCCGAGGUUUACUGGCUGGUGCAAAGGUGUGUGUAAUUGUGCUUCUGUCACCCGCAGGUAUGUGCCAUCGCAAGCAGAUGUUGCAGUAUUUGAAGCAGUCUCGGGCCCACCCCCUGCCGACUUGUGUCAUGCCCUUCGUUGGUAUAAUCAUAUCAAAUCCUAUGAAAAAGAAAAGGGCAGCCUGCCAGGAGUGAAGAAACCUUUGGGCAAGUAUGGCCCUGCCAACGUGGAAGAUACCACUGGGAGUGGAGCUGUGGAGAGUAAAGAUGAUGAUGACAUUGACCUCUUUGGGUCUGAUGAUGAGGAGGAGAGUGAAGAAGCAAAGAAGCUAAGGGAAGAACGUCUUGCACAGUACGAGUCAAAGAAAGCCAAAAAACCUGCGCUUGUUGCCAAGUCUUCCAUCUUACUAGAUGUGAAGCCCUGGGAUGAUGAGACAGAUAUGGCAAAAUUAGAGGAGUGUGUCCGAAGCAUUCAAGCAGAUGGCUUGGUCUGGGGGUCCUCUAAACUGGUUCCAGUGGGAUAUGGAAUUAAGAAGCUUCAAAUACAAUGUGUAGUGGAAGAUGAUAAAGUAGGAACAGACAUGCUGGAGGAACAGAUCACUGCUUUUGAGGACUACGUGCAGUCCAUGGACGUGGCUGCUUUUAACAAGAUCUAAAAUCGCCCUGAUCGUUGCAUUUAAAUAAAAGUUUGAAGGAUAA